GCGAAGAAGAAGAAAGCCAAACACGUGUGAGUCCGGUGCAGGUAGAAGUCCGAUCAGAACACGACGGACCCGGUAUCGAUCGUUUAGUUGGAUCAGAAAAUGACGAAGACGAAGAAGGAGAAGGUUCCGGCGGAGGCGGAGGAGGCCGCGGCCGAAGGGCCCGAGAAGUCGGAGAAGUCGGAGAAGUCCUACCACGAGCUGGUCGCCAACGUGAACCCCAUCGCUCAGCCGCUGGCCUCCAAGAAGCUCAGCAAGAAGCUCUACAAAUGCGUCAAAAAGGCUGCCAAAGUGAAAAACAUCCGCCGAGGAGUGAAAGAAGUUCAGAAGUUCAUCAACAAAGGGGAGAAAGGCAUCGUGGUGUUGGCCGGCGACACGCUGCCCAUCGACGUCUACUGUCACCUGCCCGUCAUGUGUGAGGACAGAAACCUGCCGUACGCCUACAUCCCCUCUAAAAUGGAUCUGGGUUCGUCUGCGGGCUCCAAGAGGCCGACCUGUGUGAUCCUGAUCAAACCCCACCAGGAUUAUCAGGACGCCUACGACGAGUGCAUGGAGGAAGUGUCCAGCCUGCCCAGGCCGCUCUGAGGCAUCGGCCAAUCAGUGAGCAGCAUUUUACCCGCUUCUUGUUACGACGUCUCCGUUUCACAUUUCUGUCUCCACGCCUGAUCAGUAAACGACCUGUCAAUCACACACCGUUGGACCUGCUGGGAGGCGGAGCUAGGCUAGCAGUUUCCCCCUGCUCCCAGUGUUUGUGCUAAGCUAGGCUAACCCUGUCUGGACUCUGGAGAAGACGGAGAGCAACAACAGAGGGACUUUUUCCAUUAAUGCUAAAGUGUAAAUAACCAUCAUGCAUUGUGUUCAGAGGACGUCUCACUUCCUGUUGAAGCAGCGGCGCUCAUCAGGUGUUCUGUGUUCUGCAGGCGAUCAGAAUGACGUCCACAGUUUUUACUUUGUCUUUGAUAAUGUUUCUGUCCUUUUUCACCAAAUCUCGACUCCAAGUCUUUUUGGUUUUUCAGCUGUUGAAUAUGUUUUGUUUUAAUUUAGAUCAAAGUGAUCAAGUGAAAGUUUCUUUCAUUAAAAAACAAACUGAAGUUUCUCGUUCACUCUUUAGUAUCAAACAUCAUCUGGACAUCUUCACUUCACAGCAUCUGGUGUCUCUGAUGUUCAUUUUGAGUUCUGAUCAGCUGCUUCAUGUUUCAGCGAAGCACACAGAUCUCACCAAGGUUAUUAUCGUUAACGAAAACUAAUGAAAUAACGAAAAAUAUUGUAGUUUCUUGAAAUAAAAAUAAAAACGAGGCUGAUAACCAA